AUGAGUCAACAGCUCAUUACACACACCAUCGAUGAUGCUCUGGCGCGAGAGCCUGAUCGCGUUUGGGCUUCGUACGCCAUCAGUAGCGACAUUCAGAAAGAUGGAUUGCGCGAUGUUACCAUCGCUCAGUUGGCCAAAGCGGUCGACCGUCUGGCCUGGCAUAUCGACUCCACCAUCGGCAAGAGCACUACUUUCGAAACGCUUGGCUACAUUGGCCUCCCUGAUGUCAGGCAUAUGAUGCUUCUUCUGGCAGCUGUCAAGACUGGCUAUAAGGUUCUUUUCUUCUCGCACUUCAACAGCGUGCCAUUCAGCCUGAGCCUCUGCGAGAAGACGGAUUGCAGCACACUUUUCUACUCAGAAGGAGUUGAUGCCAUUGUGAACCCCUUGUUACAGGCAAAGCCUAUGAAGCAGGUUCUUGUGCCGAAAUUGGACGAUCUCCUGGUCGACAACGACUCUGAGCCCCUCAAGCCGUACCCUUAUAACAGGUCCUUCACCCAAGGAAUCGACGAUCCAGUCACUGUGUUCCAUACUUCCGGUACCACUGGCUUCCCAAAGCCUGUUGUCCAUACGCAGAGGUCAUUCUACGUUUACAGUAAAUGGAACUUGGUACCGGAUAUUGACGGCAGGCCAUCAGCCGACAGGCUGCUUCGCCAGACUCGCCGUACGCUUCUGACCAUCCCAAUGUACCAUUCCGGUGGCAUAUUAUAUCCUUUUAUGGAGGCGUUCUAUCGGAAUAAGUCCCUCGUGCUGUUCCCUCCUUUGUUAGGGCGUAUCCCGUCGACCACGUUUGAACAGAUGUUCCAGUACGCUGACUUUGACUGUUUGAUCGGCGUCCCAGUCUACAUGGAGAUGAUUGCGAAGUCUCCUCAGAUGCUACAAUCCCUGGCGGAUAAGGUCGCUGUUAUAAUCUUUAUCGGCGGCGCCCUCAGUUCACAAAUCGGAAGCGAGCUGUCUUCCAGAGCCAGGGUUCUCAGCCAGUACGGAACCUCGGAAUCGGGCCCUGUGUUUAAUCACGUCACGGAUCCCCAAGACUGGGACUGGCUCUGUAUAAACGAGGAGAGGGGUGGACUCAGGUGGGACCCGUACAAGGUGCAGGGGCUUGACAACGUCUACGAACUGUCUUUCAUCAGGACUCCCCAAACGGAAAAGAUUCACCACGCUUGGUGGCACACCGACUGCCGCGACGUGUUCCACACUAACGACCUCUUCAUUAAACACCCCACAAAGAAGCAUCACUGGAAGUUCUACGCACGAAAAGACGACAUGAUAGUCACCAAAUUUGCGUGGAACGUUAACCCAGCCUUUGUGGAGCAUAUAAUUGGGCAGCAUCCGGCCAUUAAGCACGUUGUUGUUGGCGGCAUGGGUAGAAUGCACAUCUGUGCCCUCUUUGAACUUGUCGACCCCGACGCCGCUCCCGCCGAUGAGGUGCUUCAGAAUAUCAUCCGACCCUUGGUGCAAAAGUCCAACGCCAUCGCGGAUCAGGGCGGCCAGCUGGCUAUGGAGAGAGUACUGCUAAGUCAUAAGGACAAGCCCUUUCUCCUGGCUGGCAAAGUCAAUGUCCAGAGAGCGGCGACCCUCAAGCUGUAUGAGAAGGAGAUUGAAGAUAUGUAUGCCCGUCUGGGAGAGGACUAA